AUGAGUUGCUUUUCAUGUUUCUCCAACCAAGAAAAGAAAGUACCAAGGAGGCUUAAUAACAACAAUAACAAUAAUAAUGGAAAGAGGAUACAAUAUCCUCCUACUCAAAUAUCUCCUAAGAAAGCACCUCAACCUCAUCAUCAAGGAAAUUCUAUAUCAAAUCAUGAUGAUGUUUAUAAUCAUUACCAAAAGGCUAGGACAAGCUCACCAAGAGAACCUAAAAUAAAUAAAGAGGCUCAUAGAGAAAAUGGUAGUGGGAACAACAUUGCUGCACAAUCAUUCACAUUCAGGGAAUUGGCUUCUAUCACAAGAAACUUUAGGCAAGAAAAUCUAAUAGGUGAAGGUGGAUUUGGAAGAGUUUAUAGAGGAAGACUUGAAAAAACAAACCAGGAAGUAGCUGUGAAGCAACUAGACAGGAAUGGACUACAAGGGAAUAGAGAGUUUCUUGUUGAAGUUUUGAUGCUAAGCCUCUUACACCAUCAUAAUCUAGUGAGUCUAAUUGGAUAUUGUGCUGAUGGAGAACAAAGACUAUUGGUAUAUGAGUACAUGCCAUUAGGAUCUCUUGAAGACCAUCUACUUGAUCUUCCAUCAAAACAAAAACCAUUAGAAUGGAGCAAAAGAAUGAAAGUAGCACUGGAUGCUGCAAAAGGUUUAGAGUAUUUGCAUGAUAGAGCGAAUCCACCCGUGAUAUACCGCGACUUAAAAUCCUCCAACAUAUUACUAGACAAUGAUUUUAAUGCAAAACUAUCUGAUUUUGGAUUAGCUAAACUUGGACCUACUGGUGACAAGUCUCAUGUUUCUUCAAGAGUAAUGGGAACUUAUGGAUACUGUGCACCUGAGUAUCAAAGAACUGGUCAACUCACUGUUAAAUCAGAUAUAUACAGUUUUGGUGUUGUUUUGCUUGAAUUGAUUACUGGUAGGAGAACUAUUGAUAACACAAGACAAUUAAAGGAGCAAAAUCUUGUUACUUGGGCAUAUCCGGUAUUCAGGGAACCAGCAAGGUAUUCAAAAUUGGCAGAUCCAAAACUUGAAGGAAACUUUCCGAUGAGAUCGUUACAUCAAGCAGUGGCAGUAGCAGCAAUGUGUCUAAAUGAAGAGCCAUCAGUUAGACCACUGAUAAGUGAUGUUGUAACAGCUCUUAGUUUUCUUAAUCCAAUGAGUCAAGACCAACAAGUUUUGUCACCAAUUGAUAUGCCAUCACCAACACAAGAGAAUAGUGCAACCUUGAGUCUUCUUGACGAUGACAGUUCCGUCGAACGACAAAGAGCCGUUGAUGAAGCCACGGAAUGGGGUUGA